CGAGAAGUUUAGGGGGAUUGCCGACGAAGACGACGACGACGACGAACGAACGAACGAUACGCCCCAUCGACCGACCGAUCGGCCGCCAGCUACAGCAACGAUGAACUCGGUCCCGGUAUUUCGCUUCUCAAAACUGUCCUUUGGCGUCGCCCGGACGAGCAUACGGCAUGGCCACACGCGAUCGCGACGCAGGACGCCCCAGCAUGAGCUCACCAACUUUGAGCCGGGCCACGGCGAGCAGAUUUGGGUCUGGAGCCACCUGACCUCGAACCAGGUCAUCUACUCGCACACGAAGCAGCUCGAGUCCCACCGCGCCCUCAAACAACUCCCUUUCAACGGCAAAAAGUCCAAACCCGCAAAACUCCGCCGCGACUACUGGGAACCAAUGGCCCUCAUCCAGCUCCCCGCCGGCGCCGGCGCAGCAGGCCAGUCCGUCUUCCAAAAGCUCCGCGAGUUCCGCCGCAUGCACGAGCUCGCCUGGGAAGACGACCUCCUCUACAGGGAGCACCGCACCGAGCUCCUCAAGCCAAAGCCCAUCAAGCCGUGGGGCGUCAAGCAAAAGAAGAACGAUGCUGCCGCCGUAGACGACGUGAAAUACUCCGUCGCGGGUGAGGAAGACAAAGACGCCGCUUCCGCCCCUGCUGACGGUGCGAAGACCACUACUACCCCCGAGGACCUCGUCAGCGUCCGCAAAAUCGUCCGCAACCGCCACGAGCGCUCCCUAGCCCUCAACGACCAGCGCGCAAACUCCAUCGCCGACAUGGCCGCCGUCCUCGCCGGCUUCGGCCGCGGCAACCGCCUCGUCGUCAGCGCGGGCGAGAAGAAGGCCGUGCUCGAGGACGGCGAGGCCCUGACGGGCCGCAAGUGGUCCAAGGCGCCGCCGGCCAAGACACAACUCGUCGCCGCUGGCCAGUCGUCGUCUGGUGAAGAGGAGGUACAGGGCGGCGCCGGCACCACCAAGGCGCCGGCCGUCGAUCAGCUUCUGCCGGCGACGAUAUACUGGGCCAACGAGGACGACCGCAACUUUGCGCAGGAGUGGACCGGUAACGUCACGCACGACUUGUUCCAGGGCGCCAAGGCGCUCUUGGAGGCGAACCAGUUUGACCCGGAGGAGGCUGUCGUUGUGGAGGAGCCCAAGGCGGUUGAGGAGCCUGAGCAGCAAGCUGGGGACGAUACCAACUUCAGUAUCAAGGAGCCUGCGUCGGAGGAGAACAAGGAGGGCAAGGAGGGCAAGGACGGUGAGGACACCAAGGACACCAAGGCUGACACCAAGGCAUAA